AUUGAUGCAUUGUCGCUGUUUCGUCUUCAUUACACUCUGCUGUCUGCUUUCACGAUGAACGCCGGCCAAAGGAGUAUACGGCGGCUCGCCAACAGCAAUGCCAUCCCUUCACGCGACACAAUCUGCACCUCCUGUCUCCUCCGCCUUUCCAUCCAAACCCGCCGCCACGCGGCAACAGCCACAGCCGCCGCCCCGCAACCCGACGAACCCACCCUCCAACCCGCUCCUCAACCCCCCAUGACCAACCAGGGCCCCCAGAAGGCCUACCGCCUCCUCGCAUCCGCCGUCCUCUCCCGCCCACCUAUGCUCACUCGCUCCCUCACCCCCUUCGAAAAGGCCUUCUACCUCUACCAAAAGCGGCUGAACGAACGGCUCGUGCUGCCGUUUACGCGCUACUUUUACCACAAGAAGGGCACGGUGGCGGACAAGGAGUGGAAGGCUAAGCAGAAGACGCGCAAGUCCGCUGCGAGGGAUAUUGGCGUUUAUUCUGGGUAUGGGGAUGAAGCGUGGAAUGAUGAGGUGUUGGUUGGGGAUAGCACGGCGGAGUAUGAGACUCAGGUUGAGGCUUUGAUUGCGGAUGCGGAGGGGCGGGAUACGGUUUUUAAGGAGAAGGUUGUGGGGGUUGAGAUGGAGGGGGACAACAAGGCGGAGGAAAUUAAUGCAGAGGAUGGUGCGGAGGAGGAGGAGGGGGAGAGGAAGGUGGUGGGGAAAGAGCUUGUUGUUGAGAGGCCUCUGGCGAGGGUGUCGGAGGCGGAUGAGAAGGGGGAUACAAGAAGUUUGAGUCGGAAGAUGGAUCGCGUGUUGUAUUUGUUGGUUCAGAAUAAAGAGGGCGUGUGGCGCUUCCCGGAGGAUCGAGUAUAUGGACGGGAGAGUCUAGGACAGGCCGCCGAACGCCUCCUUGUCCAAUCUUGCGGCGUCAACAUGAACACCUGGAUCGUCGGCUCCCACCCAAUUGGCCACCAUGUCGCCAAAUUCUCCGCCCCCGUCCACGCCCGCAUCCCGCCCAACCGCCUUGUCCGCACCUCCGACACCGAACUCGAGCGCAACGAAUUGGGCGAAAAGGUGUUUUUCAUGAAGGGCCGCAUUAUGGCUGGCCAGGUGGACCUGAGCGGGAACGAGUAUGGGAGUCAGGAUUUUGCUUGGUUGGCGAAGGAGGAGAUUCGUGAGCGUGUUGGCGGACAGUACUGGAGUCACGUGAAGAAUAUGCUGACCGAGAGGUGAUGGGAGGGAUGUUGAAGAACUGUGGCUGUGUACUUCUUACUUCACGUAGCGACGAGCAUUGCAAGCCGGAUUGAUCUUCACACCUACACCUCUAAGCCGUCUAGAGACGAAACACAGGAUCCACCACCUGCACAUCGGGCUCAUCCUCCUCCUCGCUCGAAGAGCUCUCCGACACCUCAUCCCCACUAUCCUCCUCACCAUCGGGCUUCUUGGCAACGGUCUCCUCCGUCCCCAAAUCCUCCGCUUCCAGUAAAAACCUCACCCCCUCCACC